AUGAUCCUUUUAGAAAUAAAUAACAGGGUAGUGGAAGACACGCUCACGUUGAAAAUCAAAAACGCACAAGCGGGAUUAAAAAACGAAAGCAUAGAUGUAACUGUAGCGGAUUUUGAUGGGGUCUUGUAUCAUAUUUCUAAUCUUAACGGAGAUAAGUCUAAGAUAAGGAUAAGUAUAGCAUUAAAAUUCUACAAACAACUACAAGAACACGGAGCUGACGAACUGCUUAAACGCGAAUAUGACUCCUACUUGAUGGUGCCACCGGAAAACGGCUACAACGUAACAUGCCUACUAGAUUUGGAAAACAUCCCUUCAGAUUGGCCAGAAGUGGUCAAAAAAUUGGGCCUACUAAAACGAAAUUGUUUCGCAUCAGUUUUCGAAAAGUAUUUCAACUUUCAAGAGGCCGGCGACGAAGGCCAGAAAAGAGCAGUGAUUCAUUACAGAACCGAUGAAACUUUAUACGUAGAAGCGAAAUCGGAUAGGGUAACUGUAGUGUUUUCAACGCGGUUUCGUGACGAAGAUGACGUAAUAAUAGGCAAAGUAUUUAUGCAAGAAUUGAAAGAAGGCUUAAGAGCGUCCCACACAGCGCCACCUGUAUUAUUCAGUCACCGAGAACCUCCUUUAGAAUUGCAAGAUACUGAUGCUAAAGUUGAUGAUAAUGUUGGCUAUGUGACGUUUGUCCUAUUUCCAAGGCACACAGCGAAAAAUACCAGGGACAACACAAUCAAUUUGAUUCAUAUGUUCAGGCACUAUUUGCACUAUCACAUUAAGUGUUCAAAGGCUUAUAUUCAUAGUAGGAUGAGGGCCAAGACUUCCGAGUUCCUUAAGGUGCUUAAUAGGGCUAGACCAGAGACGAAGUCAACUGACAAAAAGACUAUCACUGGUAGAACUUUUAUAAGAAGGGAUUAG